AUGAGUCACUGCUGGUGCAAGUGCGAGGCGGGAGCGGGGCAGUGCGGGCCCAAGGUACCGAAGCUCAAGACGCUCUUCAACGCGCACAAGAACCUAGACGACUCGUCUCUUCGCCGUGGAGACUGGGAGGCCGAACUCCACGUCAUCUGGGAGGUGCGUUACAAGUCGCGGGAGGUGCGUUACAACUCAUGGGAGAUGCGUUACAAGUCACCGGAGGUGCGUUACAUGUCGCGGGAGGUGCAUUGCAAGCCACGUGAGGAAAUAGGAGAGGAUAAGCUGAUUCGCUCAGAAGACCUGCGAUCGGCCGUUGCAGAUGCUGUGGAUAGGGCCUAUGAGAAGGCAGUGCGGGAGGCAGUGCAGCGGCGUACAGAGCUGGAGGAGGGUGUGAGGAAGGCGGAGCAACAGCUGUACGACCUGCUGGGGCCCGAUGCAGAGUGCCUCGUGGCUCCCCAUGCCCUGCCACUGCAAGAGCGGCUGGAUGUCAACCUUUCCCACCUGCACCAGCUGGAAUCCAGGCUCGACAUCUUAGAACAACCCCGCGCCCUGCACCUGGUGACUGUGACUCCCCGCGCCCUGCACCUGGUGACUGUGACUCCCCGCGCCCUGCACCUGGUGACUGUGACUCCCCGCGCCCUGCACCUGGUGACUGUGACUCCCCGCGCCCUGCACCUGGUGACUGUGACUCCCCGCGCCCUGCACCUGGUGACUGUGACUCCCCGCGCCCUGCACCUGGUGACUGUGACUCCCCGCGCCCUGCACCUGGUGACUGUGACUCCCCGCGCCCUGCACCUGGUGACUGUGACUCCCCGCGCCCUGCACCUGGUGACUGUGACUCCCCGCGCCCUGCACCUGGUGACUGUGACUCCCCGCGCCCUGCACCUGGUGACUGUGACUCCCCGCGCCCUGCACCUGGUGACUGUGACUCCCCGCGCCCUGCACCUGGUGACUGUGACUCCCCGCGCCCUGCACCUGGUGACUGUGACUCCCCGCGCCCUGCACCUGGUGACUGUGACUCCCCGCGCCCUGCACCUGGUGACUGUGACUCCCCGCGCCCUGCACCUGGUGACUGUGACUCCCCGCGCCCUGCACCUGGUGACUGUGACUCCCCGCGCCCUGCACCUGGUGACUGUGACUCCCCGCGCCCUGCACCUGGUGACUGUGACUCCCCGCGCCCUGCACCUGGUGACUGUGACUCCCCGCGCCCUGCCACUGCUGGCAUCCUCUCCCACCCACCCAACUGCCUCGGCUCCGUUCCGUGUGCCACCCCUCCCACUUUUCUCCCUCUUUUCUUCCACUUUUCCCCACUUUCCUCCCAUUUUCCUCCCUCCUUCCUCCCACUUCUCUCCCUCCUUCCUCCCAUAUCCCUCCGGUGAGCCAAGGGAGGAGGGCAAGGAGUGGCUGGGAGGGCUGGUGGUGCUGGCAAAGCUGAGGCAGCGACUUAUCUGCCUGCGCUCAUCGCUGCACCUGUCUUUCGAGAUUUCCCCGAAUCCCUUCCUCUUUCCUCCACUUGUACCCCUCCAUUCUGCAGCAAAGGGAGGAGGGCAAGGGGUGGCUGGGGGGCCUGGUGGUUCCGGCGAAGCUGAGGAGGAAACUCAUCUGCCUGCGCUCCUCGCUCAAAGGCAGGAGGGGAAGGGGUGGCUGGGCGGGCUGGUGGUGCUGGCGGAGCUGAGGAGCCGUCCCAUCUGCCUGCGCUCCUCGCUGCACCUGCCGUUUGAGAGUCUCAAAAGUCCUUCCUCUUUCCCUUUGUCCUCCCAUAUUCCUCCUGUGCAGCAAAGGCAGGAGGGGAAGGGGUGGCUGGGCGGGCUGGUGGUGCUGGCGGAGCUGAGGAGCCGUCUCAUCUGCCUGCGCUCCUCGCUGCACCUGCCGUUUGAGAGUCUCAAAAGUCCUUCCUCUUUCCCUUUGUCCUCCCAUAUUCCUCCGGUGCAGCAAAGGCGGGAGGGGAAGGGGUGGCUGGGCGGGCUGGUGGUGCUGGCGGAGCUGAGGAGCCGUCUCAUCUCCCUGCGCUCCUCGCUGCACCUGCCACCACCAGAGAGCGAUGCUGACAUGCAGGACAUUCUAGAGAGCACAAUGGAGGCCCUUCCCAACGCACACUCACACGAUCCAAACCAGAAGCUGCAGGCACACAAGGGGGCAGCACUGCCGCACUCCGUGCAGCAGAAGCAGCAGAAGAAGCAGAAGCACCACCACCACCAUCCCAUGGGUCUACAACCGCAGCAGCAGCAGCAGCCCAUGGGCGAGCGUUUAGAGGCCUUCUAUAGCACACUGUGCCAAAUGGAAAGCGCAUGGGCUCACCACCGCUCUGCACCCCCUGCAAACUCUGCCUCUCCCUGGAAAAAGGACAAUGGGCAGAGUCUUUCUGUUGCUGGCUCGCAGGUCCCUUCUCCCCGCCCCCACUCUCCCCCUUCUUUCCGCCACCCCCUCUCCCCCUCCGUCCGCCCCCUCACUCACUCCUCCACGUCCCUCCUCUCCUCCUCUCGCUCCGCAUCUAAUCUCCUCCGCUCGACCACCCCCCCUCACACACCACGCUCUCAGCGCUCCAACCGAAGCAACAGGGACGGCGUUAGUGAUAGAGGCACUGGGUGGUUGAGGAGCAGCGGUGCUGGUGCUGGGGCAGCUACUGCUACCACUGUUGCUGCGAGAUCAGCUGCCAUUACUGUUGCUGCUAAACCGGCCCCUAGUGCUGCUCUCGUUACACGCAGCUUAAGCUCCCCCUCUGCUUCUAUGUCACUGGCCGACGUUGUUUCCUUAACCCAUCAUUCGUCUAACGAGGAUGGCUCUCUAAGUGUGGGAGCAGGAGUAGGAGUCGACUCAAAAAGUCGGCAGGGAGGGGGCCAUGUGUCGAUUGCUCUGGCACUGGCAGAGAUCCAUCAGAACUCAGCGUAUUUCCAGCAGAUAGAGGCUGACGUGGUGAAGCAUGCAGACGCCAUCUGGCAGGCGAAGGCUGACCUGGAGGCCUUCCAGACCACCGAUUUCGAAGAGCUGGUGGCGUUUCGAGCCAAGAUAGAGUCGCUUCUCCAAGACUUGACGGACGAGACUCAGGUGCUGCAACGAUUUGAGGGCUUCCCCAGCAGCAAGCUGGAGCUGCUGCGAGCGUCGGCAUCGCUGCACUCGCGCCUCUCCGCCCUCUCCCGCGACCUGCUCUCUGCCGUGCCCAUGAGCAACAACGACGGGGGAGGGACGCCCGGUGCUGGUGGAGGUGCUGCUGGUACUGCUGGUGCUGCAGCGCCGGCGUCAGUGGCAGCGGUGGGAGUGUGUUUGGACCGGUGCGAGCGGCUGUUUGAUCGCGUGCGGAGGGAGGUGGAGGCAGUGGAGAGGAGCAGGGAGGAGGACGCUAAGAAGUUUGCAGCGCAGCGGCUGCCGUACAGCGGUGGUGCCAUCGAGAGGGUGAAGGCGGCUGCGGUGCGCCUCUCCUCGCGCCUCCUGGAGCUGUCAGCUCAGGAGAGCAUGAAGCUGAGGGCGUCAGUGGAGCUGGUGGAUGGGCGCAUCCCCGUGUACGAUGUGCCGCGAGUCAAGGCAGGCCUGUUUCUUCUCUGGCGCUGCUUCCAGUUCGCAUUCCGGGCGUACAAUUUUGCAGGCGGACAGGAUGAAACGGCUGAAGAGCUGGCUCUCACAGUGGCCAAGGAGAUGGAAGCGUACCCAGCUUACAUGUGGGGAUGA